GGCGUGAGCCUGUGUGGCCAUGCAGGUCCUGUGGCUGCUGAUCCUAGCCGUGCUGGUGGCGCAACGCGGGACGACCUCCGUAGCCGAGGUCUUCGGGAACGCCAGCACCGGUCUUCUUGAAUUUUCUGUGGGGAAAUUUAGAUACUUUGAGCUCAACAGGCUUUUUCCCAAGGAGGCAAUUUUACAUCAUAUUUCAACCAACGUGACUUUUCUUCUCUUUCAAAUACACUCACAGUAUCAGAAUACAACACUUUCCUUUUCUAAGACUAUUCUUCCCAAUACCUCAGGAACAGGAAGUGAUAGAGGUCUGGUCUUCAUUCUUAGACCAGAGCAGACUGUGUGCACAUGGCACUUGGAGACCCUAGAAGAGAAACCUGUCUAUAACAUGGCCAUCCCCCUCUCCUACUCAGAAAGAGAUCCUGUCCCUGGAGGCUGUAAUUUGGAGUUUGACUUAGAUAUUGACCCCAACAUUUACUUGGAGUAUAAUUUCUUUGAAAUGAGGAUCAAGUUUGCUCCAGCCAAUGUUGGCUUUGCAAGAGGUGUAGUUCCCCCACCAUGUGACACUGAGGAGGGCCAGGAUUUCCGGUGGAGGUUGCAAUAUGAUGUGUACCAGUAUUUUCUGCCUGAGAAUGAUCUCACUGAGGAUGCAUUGCUCCAGCAUCUGCAGAGGAUGGCUCAGGUGCCCCAGGUGAGGGCCAACGCUGUCAAAGUGGUUACCCUAACAGCUAAUGAUAAGACAGAGGUUUCCUUCUCUUCCCUUCUGGGCCAAGGAGUCAUUUAUAAUGUCAUUGUCUGGGAUCCCUUCUUCAAUACUUACGCUGCUUAUGUUCCUGUUCACACAUACGCUUGUAGCUUCGAGGCAGUGGAGGGUAGCUGUGCUUCCCUGGGAAGCGUUUCGACCAGAGUGUUCUUCAGUCUCUCUGCUCUUCUUGGUCUCUUCAUUUGUUUCUUUGGACACAGAUUCUGGAAAACAGAAUUGUUCUUUAUAGGUUUUAUCUUCCUGGGAUUCUUCUUUUACAUCCUGAUUGCAAGACUGACAUCUAUGAAAUAUGAUGUUCUCCUGAUAUUGACAGCUUUAGCUGGAAGCAUUGGAGGAGUUUUCUUGGUGGCUACAUGGUGGCGAUUUGGAGUUCUCAUGUUCUGUAUGCUUUGUGUUGGGCUGGUGCUGGGGUUCCUCACCUCAUCCAUGACUUUCUUCACUCCACUGGGAAACUUAAAGGUUUUUCGUGACGAUGGUGUGUUUUGGAUGACUUUCUCUUGUAUAGCCAUCCUUAUUCCAGUAGUUUUCAUGGGCUGCCUAAGAAUACUGAACAUCCUGACAUGUGGAAUCAUUGGCUCCUACUCCGUGGUUCUGGCUAUUGGCAGCUAUGUGUUCACAAGCCUUUCUUCCAUCACCGUCAAUGUCCUCAGGAGAGCCCUGGAUGCGAAUUUCAAUAAGGCUUUCACAAGUGUGCCUUUUCAAACAAAUGAUUUUGUUGUCCUGGCAAUAUGGGGUAUGCUGGCUGUCAGUGGAAUUACAUUACAGAUUCGAAGAGAAAGAGGGCAGCCAUUUUUCCCUCCCCACCCUUACAAGCUGUGGAAGCAAGAAAGAGAACGCAGAGUAACAAACAUUCUGGACCCUAGUCACCACAUCCUGCCACUGAGAAACAGACUCUGGGACCAAUUCACCAGGAUCAGAGAGUUCUUCCAAAAGCCCCAGCCAGCUGGAGAGAGGACCCCCCUGCUCCUGUAGCUGGUGCAGCCCCUGCUUAGCCCGCCACACCUGGAGUUUUGAUG